GUUUGUCCGAGUUUAUCCUAAAGGCAAAAAUGUUUUGACAUUUAUCUUAAGUUAUGAAGUUUAGAAAUACUGGCUUGUCAUUCAUUGCUAAAUUAUCAUAAUCCCUUGAUAAGUCUAAGUAAUAGAAAUAUUUCUAAUAAUAAGACAGAUUAUGUAAUCCGAACAGAUCAAAAUGUUAUCGUAUUCAAAUUAACUGAUUAUAAUAAAUUUAUAAUUUAAGUAUACUAGUUUUGUUGUUAAGUGUUAAACGGGAAUGUGUUAGAAGUUAGAAAUGUCUUGCUUAAAUAAAGGAAACUCUGAACUCUCUGAAGUAUACCUUAAAAUAGACAACUUUGGUGAAAUUGAAGAAAAAGGUGUAAAAAAAAUUAUAAAACGAUUUACCUGGAAAAGUACUUCGAAAGUGGAAAUACAAGUUAUAAACUAUGGAGGUACCAUAACUUCUGUAAAAGUACCAGACAGAGACUUGAGAAUACACGAUGUUGUCCUUGGAUUUAAUAAAAUUGAGGAUUAUUUGAAGGCUGAUAACCCUUAUUUUGGCUGUACGGUGGGAAGAGUUGCAAAUAGAAUAGCACAAGGUAAAAUGAAAAUCGAAGGAAAAGAAUACCAGUUGGCCAUUAAUAACGGUCCAAAUCAUCUUCAUGGAGGCAUCAAAGGCUUUGAUAAGGUUGUGUGGGAAUAUACAGUCAGGAAUAAUCAACUUGUACUCAGUUACCUCUCCCCAGAUUUAGAAGAAGGCUAUCCUGGAGCUUUGUUGGUAAACGUAACAUUUGAAUUAAACGAACGUGAUGAAUUUAUAAUCAAUUACAAAGCUGCAACUACCAAACCGACUGUCGUGAACUUAACCAAUCAUUCUUAUUUCAACCUAGCAGGAGAUCAUACUAGCUUUGAGGAAAUUUAUAAGCAUCAGGUGUACAUAGAUGCUAAGGAAAUCACUGAAGUUAAUGACGAUCUAAUACCUACAGGGAAAUUUCUCCAGGUAACAGACACACCUUUUAAUUUUACGAAAACACAAUGUUUGGGAAACGUGAUUAGCAGUGUACCUGGAGGAGGUUUUGAUCAUAAUUUUUGCCUAACGCCUUGUGGAGGACUUCAGAAGGUCGCUGCUAGGGUAAAAGAUCCUGGAAGUGGUAGGGUUUUAGAGGUGUAUACUGACCAACGUGGUAUUCAGUUUUAUACAGGUAAUUUUCUGCCAGAAGAUUGUCAUUUGAAUGGUAAAAAUGGAGUUAUUAAAAAACAUGGAGCUUUUUGCUUGGAAACGCAAAAUUUCCCAGAUUCUGUAAAUCAAGCUAAAUUUCCAAGUCCCCUGCUAUACCCAGGAGAAACCUACAAUACUACUACUAUUUACAAAUUUUUGGUCGAAUAAAUAUUCUAUUUCAUUAUAUUAUAUAAAAUAAAGCACAUUUUUACAAAUAUAUAUUUUUUUAUUUUAA